AUGACAGCCGUAAAACCUCCUGUUGUUCGCUUUAAUGUCAAUCAACAAUGUCCUAUUCAGUAUGUUACUGUCUACAAUGAUCGUGCAGAAGUGACACGAAUUCUACGACAUCAUUUCGAUGUUGAAGGAAUAUAUGACCUUGUGCUCGAUGGUUUUUCAAUAUUUGUGAAUGAAACAUCGAUGCAUGUCAGUGGUGGAACGAGCAAAGCAUGCACUAUUCUCGAAGUCUCGCAUCAAAUACGACAUGAAGAUAUCGCUCCGUUAUCGGAUUUGACGUCUCUUGAUAAUCUUCAAAGUCAACUUGGAAACGUGGAAACUGACCUAGAGAUGCAUCAGCGCGAAUUAACACGGCUCACAAAACAACGCGAAUGGCUUGAUGGACGUUCGAUCAAAUUAAUGAACCAAGAUGGACCUUGCACAACCAAUGAUAUGGAAAAUAUACGGCAAUUUCUGGAGUUCUAUCACAAUACACUAUUGAAACUCGAUGAUAAUACAGUUCGCGAAGAAGAGGAAAUGAAGAAAUUGAAAUCUCGUCAAGAAGCUUUGAAAACUCAAAUUGAUCACUAUGGUGCUGCAGCCCAAGCGAGUCGAAGAAAGAUAUAUCCAGAAGUGACGAUCACAGUUCAUAUCGCCAGUGGUGAACUUGAUGUGGCACUCGAAGUUUCCUAUUUGAUCAGCAACUGUUUUUGGAGUGCCAGUUACGACUUUCGUGUCAGUAGUGCUGAAGCAAAUCAACAGCAAACACAGUUAACGUAUUAUGGAAUUAUUGUGAAUAAAAGUCAAGAGAAUUGGCUAGAUGCAAAUUUCUCGUUGUCAACUGCAAAACCAUCUUUGGGUGGAACUCCACCAAAAUUGAACACACUGAACAUUGAUUAUUACAAACCACUGGUCAUUGAUUCUAAGCAGAUUCCGAAAACAGAAUUAAUUGAUUCGAUCGCUAGCACGACUUCAAAAUUUGCAGUUAUGCAUGAGAGUACGCCUACAGACCGCUGGAAAGAUGUGUUCAGGUCAUUUCGUGCUAAAUCACUGCUCGCGCAUGAUCCGACUAUUGAAGAUAAAGAUGCAGAAUUCGAUGAAACGAAAGUCAAUAUUCUCGCCUCUAAAACCGCAGCUAGCAUGUCCAGUAUCAGCUUUGUUAUACCUCGUCGAUCAACGAUCGAUUCCAAUGGGAAACCACACAAGGUCACGAUUGGUGUUCUAGAUCUUCCUUCAACAUUUACGCACACGGUUGUGCCGAAAAUAUCACCUCAUGCAUACCUGAAAGCGUCAACAGUGAACACUUCCGAUAAACAACUUCUUGCUGGACCUGUAUCUGUGUUUAUGGAUAAUAAUUUUGUCACACACAGCUCGAUCGAUAAUGUUUAUGUUUGUGAUACAUUUGACCUUCCUUUGGGCACAGAUGCCAGUGUCAAAGUGGAAUACAAACCGGUGAAGAAAAUGGUUGACACACAAGGUCUCAUCUCGAAAAUACAUCAUGAGACGUGUCAUCAUGAGACAAAGAUUGUGAACAUGAAAUCAACCGAGAUCACAGUGUUCGUCUACGAACAAGUACCUCUAUCUUCGGAUGAAAAGAUCAAAGUGAAGUUGAUCACACCUGAUCUACGACAAAAGGAUUACGCACAAAAUUGCAUGGUAACAAUGAACGAUAGGAAUAAUUUGGAAUGGAAAUGUGUAUUACAACCGCAUGAAGAAUUUCAAUGCCCAUUAGAGUAUACACUCGAGUGGCCGAAAGAUAAACGUGUCGAAUUGCAAGAAGGGUAG